AUGGGUGCCUUCACCUACGAAACCGAAAUCGUCUCUCGAAUCCCGGCCGCGAAGAUGUUCAAGGCUGGCGUAGUUGAUGCGGACACCCUCAUUCCGAAAAUCAUGCCCGAGGCCAUCAAAAGCGUCGAGAUCUUGGAAGGUGACGGUGGUGUGGGGACCACCAAAGUGAUUCAUUUCGGGGAAAACGACCCGUUCAAGAGCGUGAGGCACCGUGUAGAUGCUAUCGACGGGGACAAUUUGAGCUACGGCUAUAGCAUCAUCGGUGGGGAUGCGUUGGGCGGCAUGCUUGAGUCGAUCGCGUAUCGUGUUGAGGUCGUCCCGAAAGAAGACGGUGGGUGCAUUUGCAAGAUCGCGGGCACUUAUCACGGGAAGGAGGGCGUGGAGCUUGACGAGGAGAAGAUUAAGGUGGGGGAGAAUAAGGCCGUGAUGAUGUUCAAGGCCAUUGAGGGUUAUCUCCUGGCUAAUCCUGAGGCCUAG